GUCCAGCCCUCCGCACCUGCUCUCCAUGUGCGCCGGCUCUGUGCCGCUUCUGUGCCGCAUUCACGCCGGGAAAACGCGAUGAUCAGUGAGUAUCACUUCUAUCUGUCAACCUCAACAUGACACGAUCAUAUGUCAGUUAUUAUAACGAACACGAAUGCCUAAAGAGCUGUUUUCCUGAAUUAAAGCCUGUGGGAGUCGUGACACAAAGGAUGAGACGCUGAAACAAAGGCACGCGCGAUCCCGAGACGCUCCCAUGCAGCUUCCCAGCAGAUGUUUAGCGCUUUACUUGCUUUGCUCAAAGUGAUGCCAGGGAGAAGCUGCUGAGAGUGAGAUGUUGGCUGGUCUCACACAAUGACAGACAGUGUAGAGAGAGUGUGGCGUGCGCGAGCAUCCCUCCUCAUCCUCAUCACUGCGCGCGGCGCGCUCUCGGGUUUGAAGCGUUCGCUUUUUCUAAAGGAGCAAAAACACUCCGAGAGAAGCGAGAAUGUAAACUAUUAGUCUCUCCGAACUGUGCACAAACUGUUAGGACAGCUUUAUUGUACUGUGAUACGGAAAGGCGUGAUCAUCAUGAAAUUCCCGUUAGAGAAUCCGAGGAAACAGGUGAACUGGGACCCUGAACAAGUGGCUGUUCAGACAAACAUCGUCCCUCCGAAGAAGGUCCAGUCUGGUGCGGUCCAGUCCAGUCUGGUUCAGGCCAGCGUAGCGUCCAUGCAGAACCCGAUGGGCUGUGAGAUCAAAGCUAACGGUCACUGUGCUCUCCCACGCCUCUCCAUCUCGUCCCGCUCGGCCAGUGUGGUGACCGGGAUGGACGUGGACGGUGCUGCACCGCAUUCGGUCAUGAAGUGUAAGACAGUGGUGGCCGUGUUUGUGGUGGUGGUGACGUACCUGGUGUGUGGCGGUCUGGCCUUCUGCGCACUGGAGCAACCCUUCGAGAGCAACCAGAAGGACAACAUCACACAGGAGAAGGCCCUGUUCCUGGAGAGGAACCCCUGUGUUUCUCCAGCUGAGCUUGAGGCCCUUAUCAAGCAUGCAGUAGACGCAGUCAGUGCUGGCGUGAGUCCCAUUGGAGACACGUCCUAUAACUCCAGCCACUGGGACCUCGGCAGCGCUUUCUUCUUUGCUGGAACAGUCAUCACCACGAUAGGCUAUGGAAACAUCGCCCCCAGCACUGAGGGCGGCAAGAUUUUCUGCAUCCUUUAUGCCAUAUUUGGCAUCCCUCUGUUUGGCUUCCUCUUGGCCGGGAUCGGUGAUCAACUAGGGACCGUGUUUAUGAAGAGCAUCCUGAAGGUGGAGAAAGUUUUCAGGCAAAAACACAAGCAAAUCAGUCAGACUAAAAUCCGCGUCACCUCCACCAUACUCUUCAUCAUCGCUGGCUGCAUCAUUUUUGUCACCAUCCCAGCAGUGAUUUUCAAACACAUCGAGGGAUGGAGUACUUUAGAAUCCAUUUACUUCGUUGUCAUUACGCUCACAACCAUCGGCAUUGGAGAUUAUGUAGCAGGAGGAGAUCGAAAAAUAGAAUACAUGAAAUGGUACAAGCCUCUGGUCUGGUUCUGGAUUUUGGUGGGUCUGGCGUAUUUCGCAGCGGUGCUGAGCAUGAUUGGAGACUGGCUCAGGGUUCUGUCCAAGAAAACAAAAGAAGAGGUUGGAGAGUUUAAGGCCCAUGCGGCAGAAUGGAAGGCAAAUGUUCGUGCAGAGUUACGCGAGACACGGCGGCGCCUCAGCGGCGAGAUCCACGACAAACUUCAGCGGGCGGCCACCAUCCGCAGCAUGGAGCGCAGACGUCUGGGUCUGGAGCAGCGGGCGCAUUCGCUAGACAUACUGUCGCCUGAAAAGCGGGCCGUCUUCACUAGUCUAGACGCUGGGCGCUUUAAGACCUCCUCGCAGGAGAGCAUCGACACUAAACUGAACAACCUGCGACUGAAGGCCGAGCGCGGCGAACAGCAGGCGUCCUCCGAGGAAAACAUCUUCAACCGCUUCGGCUCGCUCACCAAACUGGCCAAGCGCAACAGGAGCAAAGAUCUCCACAGGAACAUCCCGGAGGACGCCAGCAGGCUGGGCGACGUCCUCAGCAGCAACAGCAGCAACGUCACUCUGGGAGAAGAGAGAAGAGAGGACGAGGAGGAGAUAGAGGAAGAGAAAGAAGCAAUGGAGGCCAACACUGGCUUCACGUGUCUGCCUCACUAUCCUGAUGAACCCAAGCAGCAGAACGGUUUCGCUCCGGCUCAGGCCAAAGAACAAGAGCGAAAUAAAAGACUCGAGCAGAAAGAGCAUCAACCGUAGGCAGACAAUGACAGGGUGAAAAUGUGCCUUUGUGUUUUGUGAGCUGCGGUUUGACUCGUUACGAUCAACUGCAGUUGAUUUUCACUGUGACAAAUGACAAGUUGCCAAAAAUAUGAAAAGACACAGAGAGCUCAAGGAAUACAGACUGACAUCACCUUAAACUGUAAAUUCUGUCAUUGUUUACUCACCUUGUGUUGUUCUAAACCUGCAUGAAUUUCCUUCUUCAAUGGAAAGCUCCAAAAAAUGACAAAAAAAAAAAACGUCACUGAUGUUAAAGUUGGUGCUAUAUUCAAUUCAUUUGACUGAGAUUGACAGCUGCGGUGGAGAGUAAGAUUUCAGUGAAUAACGACUUUUUUGGAACUUACUAUUAAUUUUCACAUUAUUAUUAAUAAUGCAAUACAUCUGCUUUAGUCAGAAAUCAUUGUCCUUUUUCGCUCUGCAGAAAAAGAAACUCAAAUGGGUUUAAAGCAGCAUGAGGACUGAUCACUCAUCACAGCACAGUCAGCAAAGGCUUUUGCUAUUCUCGAAGGUGUGUUAGGAAUCAAUGAAAGCUGUAAAUCACGAUGUCUUAGGAAAGAAAAACCUGCAUGGAUAUCUACUGCUGCUCAGAUGAAUCUGUCAUCUAUGAUGGCGAAUCAUGAACUUCUAUGAAACCCUAAAUUAUUGAAUUUGGUUGAAAAAUUGAGACGUUCUCAAUAACCUUUGAUUGUGAUGCCAGAGAUUAAGCAACAAUGACUUAUCUGAUCGUGAAAUGCUGCGUUUACACAGAACUCUAUCAACAUAUCAAACCCCCUCAAAAUGACUGGAAUCAAAGCCAUAUUGAUGACAUUAAAUGAGAACGAAAACCAAUUUACUCAAAGUAUUAGAACAUGAUGAGCAAAUGGCAUCUUUAUAAGGGAUACAGUGACCCCAAAAAGUAUCUAGACACUUCAAUCACACAUAAAAUGUUGUGAAUAUCAUUGCAUUAAAUAAUAAAAUAUCACAGCAAAAGUCUUUUACUGAAAAGAAAGGUGCAAUCUUUACCAAUCAUCACACAAAAACUUUGUACCGUUUUAAACGAUUAAACUUGAUCUAGUGUUGAAAAUGAAGACAGUCAGUACUGAUUAAAACAAAAAUAAAGAAAGGUGACUUUAGUGAAUUAAAAAAAAAAGUGAAAUACAUCUCAUGAAAAAUAGUUUAUAAAUGGUCAAAUUUAUGGCAAGUUGUUUUACAUUGAAUUAUAAAAUUAGUUGCAAAUUAUGUUUUACAUGGGCUUUAAAUGGUAAAUUUGUAGCAAUUCUGGUUUCUUUGGAUUUUAAAUGGUUAAAUUAGUAGCAAACACAGUUUUACGUUGGCUUUAAAUGGUAAAAUUGGAAACAAAUGGUGUUUAACAUUGACUUUAAAUGGUAAAAUUAGUUGCAAAAGCUGUUUUACUGUUUUAGAGACACACAGAUUUUUCAAAUACUUUUUGGGGUUGCUGUAAAUCCACAAUUAUUCCAUUAUUGCCAUAAAACUGUCUGACUUGUUAUCAUCUGAUAUCAGUUCAUAUAUCAGAACCAUUUUUAUGCCCACAGAACAAUGUCUUCCACCGUAACUCAAAAAUAUGGUAAAAAGUGUGAAUGCAUAAAUAAAAUAUUGUUGACCUUUCUGAUGUACAAUAGUGAAUGCAAAUGCAUACACACACACAUUACAUCCCAAAGACAUCAUGGUAAUUGUAGUCAUGCUCUGUGUUGUCAUGGUGAUCACAUCAAUACUUGUGCAAACAUUACAUCAAAUGUAAUGAGUGCCUUUGGGAAAAUAAAUCAUGAAAUGUG